AUGAAGUGGCCAGUUGUUAAUGGCGUGUCGUGUGUCACGUACUACGCCCACGACCACGAACUAGUAGACAAUGCUGUUCGUUUCUAUACAAAUUACUUGGGGCUCACAAUUCACUCCGAGACCGACAACGGAGUUUAUUUGGCCUCCGACGAUUCUUUACUUGUUCUCAAGUUGGUAGUGAGCAAGGAAGCGCCCGACUCGGCGGAAGUGAAGAAGAUCCACAAGAGAUUUGAAGAGGAUCUCAAUAUUGUGGAUUGGAGGUCAAGAGCUCCUGGGUUCACCUUGUCGAUUGCAGAUUUGAACUCCACUAUUCUCAAGUUGCAACAAGCAGGAUUGGUGCUUCAGAUAACUCCCAAUGACUUGUAUCCUAACGAAGCAUACUUUAUCGAUCCAUUGGGAAAUCUUGUUGGAUUGACCACUACUGCCAAUCCACUCUCUUUGGUACCUCCGGUGAAAAAAUUGGACCAGCCAAAUGAAGGCUACAUUAUGUCUGCCACGGUUUCAGAGGCCACCAACAACAACGGAGCUCCGCUCAAGGGUAGCAAAAAUGUGGCAGUGAUGACUUCUGGUGGAGAUGCUCCUGGAAUGAAUGCUUGUGUUCGUGCUGUUGUUCGCGCUGCCAUCUACCAUGAAUGCAAAGCAUUUUGCGUAAUGGAAGGUUACGAAGGUUUGGUGCGUGGAGGAAAAGAGUAUAUCAAGGAAAUGUCCUGGCAAGAUGUCAGAGGUUUGCUUGCUGAAGGUGGAACCAAUAUUGGAACUGCUCGUUGUAAGGCUUUCAGAGAACGUCCUGGCCGGUUGCAGGCAUGCCAAAAUAUGAUUGAGGCAGGAAUUGAUGCGUUGAUCGUAUGUGGAGGAGACGGCUCUUUGACUGGAGCCGAUCUUUUCAGAGCUGAAUGGCCUUCAUUGAUCAAAGAAUUGCUCGAUACAAACCGUAUCAACCAGUCGCAAUACCACACAUACAAGCAUUUGAAUAUCUGUGGAACUGUGGGGUCAAUUGACAAUGAUAUGGCCACCACUGACGCUACCAUUGGUGCCUACAGUGCGUUGGCUCGUGUAUGUCAAGCCAUUGACUACAUUGAUGCUACUGCCAACUCCCAUUCAAGAGCCUUUGUGGUGGAAGUUAUGGGCAGACACUGCGGUUGGUUAGCACUCAUGGCAGGUAUAGCGACUAGCGCUGAUUAUAUCAUGAUCCCAGAGAAGCCUUCUUCCUCAAAAGGGUGGAAAGAGCAAAUGUGUGAGAUUGUUUCGAAACAUAGAUCCAAGGGAAAACGGAAAACUAUCGUUAUUGUUGCUGAGGGAGCCGUCACCUCUGAGUUGGAGCCCAUCUCGUCCAAAGAAGUACGUGAUGAGCUCGUCAAGUUGGGUCUUGAUACCAGAAUCACUACGUUGGGACAUGUUCAAAGAGGUGGUACUGCGGUGGCAUAUGAUCGUAUUUUGGCUACUUUGCAAGGUGUAGAGGCAGUCAAAGCGGUUUUGGAAUGUACACCCGAUACUCCUUCUCCCCUUAUUGCAGUUGUGGAGAACAAGAUUGUACGCAAGUCGUUGGUAGAAGCCGUACAGAUCACGAAAUCCGUCGCCGAAGCCAUUGAAGAGAAAAACUUUGAUAAGGCAAUGGACUUGCGAGACUCAGAGUUUGUGGAACAUCUCCACAAUUUCAUUGCCAUGAACUCGGCUAACCAUAACGAGCCAUCUUUGCCUGUGGAAAAGAGAAAGAAGAUUGCCAUUGUGAACAUCGGUGCUCCAGCUGGUGGUAUGAAUAGUGCCGUGUACGCCAUGGCUACCUACUGUAUGUCAAGAGGACAUACUCCGUACGCCAUACACAACGGGUUCUCUGGUUUGGCAAGACACGAGUCCGUCAAUCUGAUAGACUGGUUGCUGAUUCAAGGCUACAAUUCUGUUGGUGGAUCUGAAAUCGGUACCAAUAGAGCAACUCCUCAUGAAACCGAUAUUGGUAUGAUUGCAUACUACUUUGAGAAAUAUCAAUUUGAUGGACUUAUACUUGUUGGUGGUUUCGAAGCAUUCGUAUCAUUGGAUGAAUUGGAGAAGGCACGAUGUACAUAUCCAUCUUUCAGAAUUCCAAUGGUGUUGAUACCUGCCACCAUCUCCAACAAUGUCCCCGGCACCGAAUACUCGCUUGGUGCGGAUACUUGCUUGAAUGCAUUGGUCGAAUAUUGUGAUGUUGUCAAGCAAUCUGCAUCGGCCACAAGAGACAGGACAUUUGUAAUAGAAGUUCAAGGUGGUAAUUCCGGGUACAUUGCAACUUUUGCAUCGUUGGCUGUUGGUGCUCAGAUUUCGUAUGUUCCUGAAGAAGGUGUAGCCUUAGACCAACUAGAGGCUGAUAUUGCAUCUUUACGCAAACAAUUUGCUAGUGAAAAAGGCAUGUCGAAAUCAGGAAAGCUUAUUUUGAAGAGCUCAAAUGCAUCAAAAGUGUUGACUACGCAAGUUCUCGCUGAUAUCGUCAAGCAAGAGGCUCAUGGAGAGUUCGAUACAAAGACUGCUAUCCCAGGACAUGUGCAACAAGGUGGUUUACCUUCUCCUAUAGACAGAACCAGAGCAGCCAGAUUUGCAAUUCGCAGUGUCCAGUUCAUUGAAGAUUCUUUUGAUACGAUUAACAAGCACCACUAUGAUGUCGAUUUCCCCAUUGAGAAUACCGAACUUUCUAAUACUGCUGCUGUUUUGGGAGUCAAGUCAUCUCAUUUGAAGUUUACUUCAAUCCGCAAAUUGUACGAUUUCGAAACAGAGUUGGGAAGAAGAAUGCCCAAGAAGAUCUCGUGGAAAUUCACCAGAGACGUUGCUGACCGUUUAGUCGGCAGAGAAAGACUCAUCAAGGAACUGGGCCAGGUUCCUUCAUUAGCUUAG